GAUGGUAAUUAUCUCAGCAGCAAUAUGUGAUAAGAAUGGAAUACUAUUUAUAGGUAGAUAAUUUUAAGGAAUCACAACAAAUGAAUUAAAGGAAGUAAAGAAACUUAAAAAUAUAUUUAGCAAGUUCGUAAUUUUCCUAAAUUAAUUUCUCCAACUUAAUAACAUACUUUUAUUGAUCAUGAAAAUUUAAGAUAUAUAUAUACUCCCAUUGAUAACAUUUAUAUAGUGUUGAUUACUUCAAAAAAUAGCAAUAUAAUUGAGGAUUUAGAAGUAUUAAGAAUUUUGAAGAAUGUUCUCUCUGAUAUCUGUUAAUAAGGUAUAAUAAAUACUUAAACAUAGUUAAUGAAGAGUCAAUUAAAAAGAAUAGUUUUGAAAUACUUUUAGCCAUUGAUGAUAUAAUUUCAGCUGGAUUAAGAGAAAGCACAACAACAAGUUAAGUAUAAACAGCUUUAGAGAUGGAAAGUUCAGAAGAGAAAAUUCAUUUAAUGUUAACUAAAGCAAGAGUAAUUAAAAAUUUAUAAUUAUUAUUUUAGGAAAAUGAAGCAAAAGAAUAGGCUAAAAAACAUUAAAUGGAAAUGGAAAGAAAAAGAUAAGAAGAAUUAGCUUAGAAAAAGAAUUAAAAGUAAUCUAAAGCUAUUGAUAAUGCAUUCAAAUUACCAUAAAAUGAAGGUAUUUAAAUAGUAGUGAAUUUAGAAAAGGUAAAUCCCAUACCUAAAACUGAAGUAAUAAACGAAAAUUUAAGCACACAAUCCUAAGUAUUGCAAAAAUCAAAUGUGAAAUCUGCUCCUAAGAAAGGAAUGUAAUUAACAAAAAAGAAAGAAGCAACCUCAUUUGAAUGAA